UGAACUUUAAAACUAUUUAAAAAAGAUAAAAUCUAGAUAGUACAUAAAGGAUCGAUCUCACCACGGUGACGGAAAAAUAUUCAAAUCACAGGACGAGAUGGAAGGUCUAAAUACCAGAGAGGUCAAGUUGAAUUUACAGUGAACUACAGACGUCACCCAGACACCAGAAAUGGACCCGGUUCGCGGUGCCCAGCAUGUCCUACUAUGUGACUCCUGUGAAACUGAACCCUUGCAGAGUCAUUGUGAACUUUGUCAUAUUAAUCUCUGUAUUGUCUGUGUCGAUAAACAUCUCUCAGAUUUUUCAAAAGAACACAACGUUGUGUCCUAUAUAAAUAGAAUUUCUACCCUUAACUACCAAAAAUGUCUACACCACACCAAAAAGCGCUGUGAACUUUACUGUGAAAAAUGCGACAUUCCUGUCUGUUCAACCUGUGUCACCUCGGGUAAACAUAAAGGACACGAUGUAUCAGAUGUGCAGAAAAAACUUAGCUCUAAAACACAAGAAGUACAAAAAGAUUUGGAAGAACUAGAGACAAGAAUUUAUCCCCGAUAUGAAGAAAUUGUCUCCGAUAUCCGAAGUCAGAAAACCGAGUUAGAAACGAAUUGCAGGAAACUGACAACAGCAGCCGACCAACAAGAAGAAGUCUGGCACCGAGAGAUCACCGCUAUUGUCAACCAACGGAAAUCGGACAUUGCAGAGAUGAAAAGCAAACAUCUAGAUGUUUUAGAUAAACACACAGACGAAAUCACACACAAGAUUAAAGAACUGAGACAGAUCAUUGAGGACCUGAAGAAAAUACUGAUCUCCAAUGACGUCACCAGAAAAUCGUUUUACAAAUCUAGAAAUUCCGAAUUCAGAAGACUACCUCCUACAGUCCAAGUAAUAUUACCAAAUUUCUCUCCUCAGGAGAUAAACACGGACCAGCUCAAAGAAAUGUUUGGUUCUCUAUCAUCAUUAUGCAUUACAAAAAAACAUGGCUACACAAUGAAGUCACCAGAAGCUGUAUCGUCUCCUCCAGUCAAACCCCUGCUUGAUAAUCCGCGAAUCACCGCCACCUUAGACACUGGGUAUAGGUCAUUCAGUGUUACCUGUGCCAGUGAUAACGAAAUUUGGACUCGUGGUUAUGACAAAACCAUGAAGCUUCACAACCUCGAGGGCAAACUACUAACAUCAAUCCCAACCGAGUCAGGGAACACGCCACAGGACAUAGCAAUGACAAGGGACGGAGAUCUUGUUUAUACUGACACGGAAACAAGAACUAUUAACAUAGUGAAGAAUAAACAGAUACAAACCGUGGUCACACUACAGGGGUGGGGACCGCGCAAUAUCUGCAGUGCCUCCUCUGGUGAUCUCCUGGUUACCAUGAUCAGUGAUGAUAACGAACUGACCCGGAAACAAAAGGUUGUCCGUUACACUGGCUUCACCGAAACACAAACCAUUCAGUUUGAUGAUCAGGGUCAACCUCUCUAUUCAUCUGAUGUCCCUACAUACAUCAGUGAAAACAGGAACAUGGAUAUCUGUGUUGCUGACUAUAAAGCUAAAGCAGUAGUGGUGGUCAAUCAGUCAGGAAAACUCCGAUUUAGAUACACUGGUCAUCCCUCUGAUACCAAGGAAUCAUUUAAUCCAGUCGGCAUCACUACAGACAGCCAGAGUCACAUCCUGACAGCAGACUGUGACAAUCACCGUAUCCACAUCCUAGAUCAGGACGGACAGUUCCUCCGUUACAUUCACAACUGUGGUUUACGAGGUCCAUGGGGUUUAUGUGUUGACACCAGAGACAACUUAUUUGUGACAGAGUUCACUGACAAUGGAGUCCGUGAUUCCGUACGUCAAUUUCACCAUUACCGCCUGUUAUCGCAAGGAAGCCGCACGGCAAGGUAGAUUACGGACUCCGUGGAGCAUCAUAGGACAUGUUUAAAGUAGUAAGUGUUUUAAUGGUUGUACCAUAAUUUGUAUUAAUGUGUCCCGUGUGUUAUGUUUUGCAGGCAAUGUAAGGUUAUCAUGUAAUCAAGUACGCACAUAUUCGUUCUCGACUUCUUUAUAUCAGGAUGCCUUGGCCAUACCUGCAAUUCUUCAUUGAUAACUCUAAUCAAUAUUUUCGACGAUCAAAACACUGUUGUGUGUGUAUGGAAUUGCAUGUACAACCAAUGCAUGUGCAUUUUUCACUUGUUAAGGUAAUCUGUCUAUAGAGAUCUAAUUUUACGUGAGAUUCAAUCUUUUGAAAAUCAGUUUUUGUGUAAAUCAACUUACACUAUACAGCUCGACCUCCAUUUAAAUUAAUCGAAUGUACUCGAACAUAAUUAUCAGGCUCGUAGCAAUAAGGACCCUGCCCCCAUCCACCCCAAACAGGUUUAUUUUCGAUUCCUUACUCUCAUACAAAUUUGAUAAUAGUAGUGGAAAUGUGAAAGAUCAACCUUCUGCCAGGAGCUUAUUUUUUUUAAAGUUUGUCUAGAAUUUUGAGAUAGCUGUAGAGUCUUUUUUUAACAGUUUACUUCUGAAAUUCUCGGAAUUAGCUGUACCAUAACUUGGACAGAAAUAAACAUCAAAUACAGCUGUAAGACCCCCUCCUGUCCCUAGCCCUACAAAAUAACGUAACAUUUUAAAACUGACCUUGUUUUACCAUCGAUAUAAUACAACCUGUUGAAAUCAGCAAGAUGAAGCAUUUGUCACCGUAAGCUUUAUUAUACCUUCUUUCUUGUGAUGCUUAUGACCAUAUCCAUAAGAACACCCCGAACUUAUUGUGUAAGGGGAGUAACUGCAAAAAAGGUAAGCCAUUACAGAUCUAAACUCUGUGUGUAUUAGAACUCGUUGUUAAUUUCAAUUAAAAUUAAUUUGUAAAUUACAGCUCGUUGUUAAUUGCAAUUACAAUUGCUAUGUUAAUUACAGCUCGUUGUUAAUUUCGUUGUUAAUUGCAAUUACAAUUACUAUGUUUAUUAGUUACUUGUUAAUUUCAACUAUAAAUAUUGUGUUAAUUACAGCUCUAAAUACAGCGUUAACUACAGUUUUAUAUCCUCAUUAAAUAUGUUUGUUAAUUAUUUCUUAAUAUAUUUUCUGUCUUACUUUCAUGAUUGAUUGAUUGUUUUGCUGUUUUCCAUCACACAUUACUUUUAUAUCAAAAUGUAUAUAUUAUAAAACAAACAACAAUCUUUUUGUUGAUCAUUUAUCAUUAGUUUUCACUUUAUUUAUUCUAGAUGCUCGUUGACAUAUGCUUUACGGCGGGUGUGACCGGUUGACAGCAGAUGCUUACUCCUCCUAGGCACAAGAUCCCACCUCUGGUUUAUCCAGGGGCCUGUGUUUGUCCAACUAUCUAUUUUGUAUUGCUUACAGUAGUUAUAAGAUUGACCACUGUUCGUUAUCUUCACCUUUCAUCGAUCAUUCUUCGUUAUCUUCACCUUUCAUAGAUCAUUGUUCGUUAUCUUUACCUUUCAUUGAUCAUUAUUCGGUAUCUUCAAUUUUCAUUCUAUAUAAAUGUGCUUCUGUUUGUUAAUAAUAUCUUUUUAUACAUGUAUGAAAGGUGACGAUAGCGAAUAGUGAUCAAUCUCAUAACUCCUACAAACGAUACAAAAUAGAGAGUUGGGCAAACACGGACCCCUGGACACAAGAUAGGUGGGAUCGGGCGCCCAGGAGGAGUAAGCAUCCUCUGUAUUUUUCUUAUUGUAUAUAUUAUACAUAUAAACAUUAUUCUGUUAAUUAUACAUUUUGUAGAUAAUCAUCUUUCCGUUUGCAGAAUAGUUCUUUUAAUAUCUGUAUCAUUUUUCGAUAAAUAUGUACGUAUUUUUUAUUUAAAGUGCAGUCUUACUGAAUACUCACUUAGAUAUACAAUACAGUGAAACAAACGUCUGACCUUCAUAAGAGAUCUUCAAGGUCACAGUUUUCUGUUUAACAUCAAUAGGGUCACAACACGCAUUAGUAUCUACAUCUCCACCAUAAAUCAAUUGAAAUCAGAUCAAUUUAAACUACAGAAAGUUGCAAAUAUUUCGGCAUCAAUUUAUCUUGAUAAAGUAAAGAAUUGGUCUAUAACAACAAUUAAGUCUCUAAUAAAGUUGGCAUGAUUUUGAAAAUUAGUUAAAUACCGAGCAAGGAUCAGCAAGAAAGUUAGGUGUAUCAAACAAUAUGGUGGCUGGUGAGAAUACCGGAAAGUAGAACAAAUGCCCCACAAAGUUAGUCUAACCAGUCACUUAUCGGCCCCACACUAGCCCCUCUCUCCAGUCAAUUUUGUAUUUGGUUGAGUGGUCAGAGUGCUGUUCAGGAUCAGCUGGAGGUCCAGCAGACUGAUCUUAGUGUGGUUCCUCGGAUUUUUAAAGAAUUAUGCAUUCAAUCACCUUCUCAUUGUACUUUGAUUCUCAUGCAGUCCGGUUUGACCAUCUAUCAAGCUAUACUUCAGACAAUAAAUUCCUUUAAAAGUCGUAAUCGCUUGUUCUGUUAAUCUUUGGUUGAACUCUACACUUCUGUGGUUUUGGGGGCUUCUUUUGUAUGUAUAUUUCAUUUGGAAGCAUACAAUUUUGGUUUGGAUAAAAUAUCCUAGGAUAUUCCCAUUAUUCCUCACCUAUAGUGCCAGGGGCCCAUUGGAUUGGAUGUAUUUCUUUAUUAAUUACAUACGUAUAUAAUGUAUAUAUAUAAAUACAUACACAAUAUUACUUUUAAGAAAAUGAAUAUAUGACAUAUAUAUACGCAUACAUAUAGAUACACAUUCAAAUAUGGUAGAGAUAUUUUCCAAUAAGCCAUGUUGCCUGUGGGGAACAACCUUAAAUACACAAUGUCCAUAUUUUCCCCUUCAGGCAGCGCUAAUGAAGGACAUACCUCUUCAGAUAGUCUGACUAUUUUUAAUUAUUAUCAUCACAAAGUCAUAGAAACCAUUUAUAAUUGAAGUUGAAAUUCAGUGUUUUAUAAGUCUCAUAUUGGUACAUUAGGUUUGUUUUUUACAAAAUAGGAAAUGUCAUUAAUAUUUUCUUCUUUAUUUUCAUAUCUUAACUUCAUCUUUAUUUUAUAUAUAUAUAAAGCUGUAUAUGAUAAUAAAUGAUUUAUUGAA